AUGGCGAAAAUUGAAAGAGUCUUUUAUUGUCAAUUGUUUUUCAGUACAACCAUCAAUCGAGGGUUUGAUAACGCUCAGCGAAACGGUGGACGAUCCACCAGCAAAGUCUCUUUAUCGAGCACCACGCUUUCGCAACGAGUCUCACAGGGUGCUGUUGUGAACAAGCUUAUGAAGGGGAAAACACGUUUGCGCGAGAAUGAAGGGAGGACGCUCAACUGCCUUGAGACACACAGCGCAAGAAAGACGAGAAUAAAACAUUGGGAUCAUUUUGAGCAACGUAUUAGUCCGGAGGAGUUCACGGAUUUGUCAGAGACGAAUCAAAGGAUCGCCGGUUUCAACAAUAAUAAAAUAGACCUGAGAAGAAAUGAGUCGGAAUCAUUGUGCGAGUUGAAAGUUCAAUAUCGAUUGAACGGGAUGAGCGGCUCAGACGAUGAGAACGAAGGCGAGGAGGAGGAGGAGGAGGAGGAACACGUCGUCGACGACGACGCGGAUGUUGUUAUAGAGGAUGAGACGAGCGAUUACAAAAUAAAUCUAAUAACAUUCGCGAUAAUGAGCAGCGUGUCUCAAUUUUUAUCGCCCUCAACGCAAGCACCUCCGCGUGCCAGCAAACUGGAAAUACACAUGAUAAGCACACCAUCACCUCCGAGGACUCCUCAAUGCAUUUGCUCGAAUAACAGUGGAAAUAAUGGACAGUAAUAAAAUUCUCGUAUUAUUGAGAGGCUUAUCCGGAAGCGGAAAAACAACUUUAGCCAAUAAUCUGAUCGCGACGAGCCUCGGUGGAAACACUGCCUCGUACGUGUACAGUACCGACGAUUUCUUCGUUAAUCUCGAACGAAGAGGGUUCUAUAAAUUCCACCCGCUAAAACUCUCGGAAGCUCAAAUGUUCAAUCAAUCGAGAGCCGCUGAGACAAUGAGGAAUGAACGUACACCGAUCAUUACUGAUAAUACGAACAUUGAAGCGUGGGAGAUGCGCCCGUAUGUGACGAUGGCUGUUAAAAGCGGGUAUACGGUUGAAAUCCUCUAGCCAAAUACACCCUGGGCUCACAAUCCGGAACGACUUGCUGAGAAAAACGCUCAUAAUGUUACGAAAGCAAAGAUUAGCGAGAGGGCUAUGAAAUAUCAGAUAAUACCGAGUGGUAAAAAAUUACUCGAUAUGUACGGAUUUGAAUAAGCAGGACUCAACGGUCCAUUUUCUCAAAUUAAUCAGCAGGAAAAAACGAAAGCUCCGCUUCCGCCUUUACCGGCCUCGCUGCUGCAUUCCGUUCCUCCUACUUCUCGUACGCUUCGGGUUCAAUCCAAUUGUUGGGACAACAAUGACAAAGACAUUUACGUAUUAACGAGCGACGAUAUCGAAAGUAUGCAAAAUAUCGAUGAGAAUCGUUAGGAAGCGGUGUUUCAAAACGAGAGAUCCGAUAAUAACGAUUACAGCGAGACAAAUGUACCACAAAAAAUUCACUUACGCCGACAACGUAUUCAAUGAUUAUAUUAAAGAAUUUCAAGAUUCCAACGUUCCGGAGAGCUUCGAAGUUAUCGAUGACGAGGCCACCGUAAAUCGUGCAUGUUUUCAACAAUCUCGAGAUUUCUAUGAAAUUUCACAGGGUAAGCGAGAUUCGAGCGAGGAAUGUUGCGGUCUCGAGCCUCGCGACGUUUGUGAAGAUUCCAACGAGUGUCAACAGACACUCGGGGCUAUCGGUUCCGAGAGAAAAUUUAAUCACCCCACGGAGGCCAUGAUCAAUCCCGAUGAAUCGGAAAAAGUACAAGCCGAGAAUAACGUUUUGUCAUAGUGUUGAGACUUUACUCUGAUUUCCUUCAAAAAUAUCACUAAUAGCGAGGAGUCCGUAGUUUCUGAAAAGCUAGAUCCUCAAGUGUUCGAGAAUGAAAAACCAGUGGAAACUUUGAAUGAUGACAAAAAAGUCUUUGAAACGAUUCUAUUGGAAAAUCCUGAUUCUAAAGAGCCAGUAGACAAAACGAUGGAAAAAUUCUUGAAAUGAGAAACAAACUUUUGGAAAGAUGUUGGAAAUGAUGAUAUCGCUUCACCGCAAAGAACGAUGAUUUGUUCGAUAUUUAAUUUGUUGGAAAGACCGUCGUCGAGUCCCGUAACCGUUGAUUCUUCAUCUUUACAAAUAUGCGGCGGCGGUGGCAACGGCAACAGCAACUACGGACACAGCGACAAUAGCAACGAAGAGCGAAUGGAAUAAUCAGCGAACUUGUUAAAAAUGGAUAUAGUGAAUUCGCCAAAUCAAUAUUUCUUACCAUUUUUUUAUACGAAUUUAAUGUAUUUGUGAGCCCUGAACAUCUACAUAUUAAAAUCGAUUUUUUUCAACAUUCUUGCCAUUUUUUUUACACGAAUUGGUUCAACCAUCUAUUGGCUCUUUAUUAGAGAUUUAUACUCGACAUUUGAUUAAUGGAAGAAGGAAAUUACUUGAAAACUAAUUAAAUUUGUAAAUUACAAAUGUAUAC